UAAAGAAGGAUUUGACAUCAACAAGGCUUGUCAGGUCGACAUUCUUAAUUGGCCAUUUCCUUUUAAAUUCAAGUUUUAUUUAAAUUCCCCCAUUUCGAUUCAAAAAAUUAGAAUGUGUACGCUAAAGACUUUAUUCAACAUUUUCUUCAUCGUGUACAAUGCUGUGCUACUACUACUAGGCAUAGGCUGUGUUACUCUUGCUAUAAUUGUCCUAAUUCGACUAGGAGAACUAAGAGGAAUAUCAGACUUUAUUGAAGAAUUCAAGGGGCAAUCAAUUACCUGUGGCAUCUUCAUUCUCGGUCUAUUAAUGAUUAUUACGUGCGUCAUAGGCUGUCUGGCGAGCGGUUUUGACUCCCAUCUUCUUGCAAUUUCUCACUCAAUUCUGAUGCUCCUUCUCCUGAUCGUAACUGUCAUCUUGAGUGUGAGCCUCUACGCUGACAUUUCGGCCAGUAAAGGUUUGGUAUCAAAGAAAAUGGAUGAAUAUUGGAAUAAACGGUCUAAAAACGAUACUAAUAGUGCAUUGCCUGCAAUUGAAUAUGUAUUGAAAUGUUGCGGCAAAAAUGGACCAGAUGACUAUGAAUCUGAAGAAGUUCCUACCACGUGUUGUCCAAAAGCUAAGGACAAGUGUACGGUGGAAAGCGCUUACAACGAGGGUUGUGAGUCAAAAAUUAAUAAUUUUUUUCGCAAAUAUUCGAAGCCUGUUGGUUAUAUGUGUUUAAUAAUUAUAUUAUUUGUGUUUGUAGGUUUUAUUUUAGGAACUUAUCUUAUUCUAUUUUUGUAUUAUAAAGUAUAGAGCGUUUUGAGCUUUAAUAAAUAUUCUUCAGUGAA